AUGUACUCCCGUGACGCCGCCUACGUUGUAGACAAAGUGCAGGCGGCCUUUGAGGAUAAUGAGUGUGAAGUGAGCCGAACUUUUCACGUCACGAGCCUGAAGAAGGAAGAGGACGGCAAUAAAAGAGUAAGCGAAAAGCACAUGCAGUGGGGAAUAGUAUAA